ACAAAUUUGAAAAGUGAAAAGGGGUUUGAUCAAUGAAAAAGUCAAGACGUUUUUGUCAGUCCAUAGAGAGAUGUUGACGAAGAAAGAAAAGUUACUAAUUUAUCCAUAUCAAAUAAAGCGGUUCUAUCAGCAUCGUAAGAAUGUGAAGAGUGCGGGACCGGCUAUAGACUUUUAUCCACCAACCGAAUUUCCCCACAUCACAAUGAAAUUGAAAAAGCUACAAAAAGAAUCAGAGAGACAAGAAAAAGUCAAUAAGGAUAAUAUACGCUUACUUCAGAGACUUGGCUCGAUAAUGACGACAAAGAGAUUGAAAAAUUUUUGGGACAAGCCACGUCCCAGCUUCCUAAAUCGUGAGAUAAUACCUCAUUUGAAUUUCAGAUCAACUGCUUCAUCCGACCGUCGAGAAAGUGAUGAUGACGAUGAUUCAACGGAUUCACCGACAAUAUCGCGAAAAAGUAAGUGUGCCAUUUGUAGCGGAAAAUUUCGUAGAACAAAUAAAGUCAUUCCAGAAGAGCGCGUCCCAUGGAAACCAAUGUCUCCGACGAAAAAUAUGAAGCUAUUGCGAGAAGCUGAUAUCAAGCCACAUAAAUGCUGCAAAUUUUGCUGUUGAGAUAAAAUUUUUAAAGAAUUCUUUAAGCACUUGAUAUUUGUGUGUGUGUGUGAGUGUUUGUGUUGCGUGGGUCAAUGAAUUUACAGCACAUAUUUUCAUUAAUAUCAUCCACACAAGAUUUUCUUAUAUGCAC